GGAUGCAUAUCAAACCUCCCUGGAAUGGCAAACAUCUAUGGCAAAUUUUCCUGGUCAAUUUCUUUUUCAUCUUCCCAAUGACAAACUCCUUCAGGGACUCUCCAUCAUUCCUACUAUAUUUGUCUCUCCAAUUUCGAGUCAACCGAUUAAAGACGCUCCCAUCAUAUUUCCGGACGCCAGCAAAGACGGGCACAUUGCCAUUGUCUAUCUGCAUAAACAACAUAAAAAUGUCAUUCAGUUGUCCUAUAAGACAAAAUCUGUCCAGAGGGCUGAACUUUAUGCUGUCAUGAAAACUCUUGAAAUCUAUCAAGAACCCUUUAAUCUCUAUUCAGAUAGUCAAUAUGUCGCCAGGAUAUUACCCAUUCUUGCUGAUUCUUUCAUAAACUCUAAUGAUGAGGAACUUUCGUGCCUUUUUCAUAAAAUACAGCAGCUGCUCUUAAAAAGAGUUUCACCUAUAUUUGUUUCUCAUAUUAGAGCACAUUCUGGUUUACCUGGGCCUUUAUCCUCGGGAAAUGACUUGGCUGACAGAUAUACUCAUUUAUAUUCUGUCAUUGCUAAUAAGGAUUCUGUCGGUAUGGCAAUGAAAAGUCACUCUCUUUUCCACCAAAACGCUCGAUCCCUACGAAAGCAAUUCCAUAUAACUAGAGAACAAGCUAGGCAAAUUGUUAAAAAUUGCUCCCUAUGUCCCCAAUAUGUUAACACCCCUUCCUUUGCCAUUAAUCCGCGAGGCCUUUUGCCCAAUGAUCUCUGGCAAAUGGAUGUAACACAUUAUUCAUCUUUUAAUAAAUUACAAUUUGUGCAUGUUUCUAUUGAUACCUAUUCUGGCAUGAUCGUAGCUUCUGCUCAUUCUGGUGAAAGUUUUACUGAUGUUCAAAAUCACCUUUUUCACGCUUUUGCUUACAUGGGAAUGCCUAAACGAUUAAAAACUGAUAAUGGGAGUGCUUAUAUAUCCCAAGCUUUUAAAACCUUUUGUGAAACAUUUCACAUCCAGCAUACCACAGGCAUCCCUUACAACUCUACAGGUCAAGCUAUUAUUGAAAGAGCUCAUCUUACACUUAAAAAUACCUUACAAAAACUAAAAAAGGGGGAGAUUAUGGCAGGAAAGAUGAAAUAUUCCCCCCACAUGCACCUAGACUUAGCAAUAUUCAUUUUAAAUUUUUUGAUUGUGCAUGAUGAUGGAUAUACACCAUCAGAAAAACAUUGGGGAAAAAAUACUGAUCCACCCCUUAUGGCAAAGUGGAAGGAUCCUAUGACAGGACAGUGGAAAGGCCCUGACCCCUUGCUUAGACAGGGUCGAGGAUAUGCUUGUAUCUUCCCACAGGAUGAGGAAGCGCCACGCUGGGUUCCAGCCAAAUUUGUUAGAGAUAUCAAAACUGAGAAGGAAGAUGAGUCGGCUGAACUUAUGCCCUCCUCGGAAGAAGAAGACUCGUAAGACGAAUCUGCCAUCAUGGAGGCAAAUGAGGAAAUCAACCUCGCAAGCCACAAGUUUGGUAAUAUCCUCUGAUAAGAAGAUUGAUUUCAACACAAAGUUAUUCCUGGUGCAACAACCUCCAUAUUGGAUGAUUCCUGUUGAUGUGAGAGGACCUUGGUACGCGAACUUUGGCAUGCAGUUAGCUCAAGAAUUGGUGAAGAAGCUAAGAAGAACUCCAAGAUUUCUUGGACUUUUAAUUGCAGGGAUAGUGGCUACUAUUGCUCUUAUUGCUUCUGCUACUGUAUCUGUUGUAUCUUUGCAUGAAAAUGCUCAGACUGCUGAACAUGUAAAUGAAUUUGCUAGAAAUGUAACUGUUGCUCUCGAUGCUCAAAAGAGAAUUGAUGAAAAAAUUGAAGCACAGAUUGAAGCUUUAAAAGAAGCCGUUUUAUAUCUUGGUGAUCAAUUUGUUGUACUAAAAACUAUAACCCAAUUGACUUGCCAUGACGCUUAUAAGCAUAUUUGUGUUACCCCUCUGCCUUUUAAUGGUCAUGGGAAAAUCUGCAGCUUUUUGCAAACUGUGGCUUUCUUGCAGCUUUUUGCAAACUGUGGCUAUGACAGUCCUGAACAAGAAGAGUUUCCUAUUUAA